UUAUACACAGGAGCGUACGGUCCGACUUCUGAAGUGUUGGAGCUGGCAGAGUCGCCGCUGGAUUUGUUUCUAUUCUUCAUGCCGAAGAAGUUCUGGAGAAAGGUGGCAGCAGAAUCGAAUCGGUACUUCCUGCAGAACCUGGCCGCACGAGUCGACCGAAUGUAUGCCAAUCAAAAGACGCCGGGCAAGAAAACAAGGGAUGAGCUCAUGAUGCGCGAGGCGAAGAAAGACGACAUUGAAGCUCACGAGAUUAUGCACGUCCUGGGAUUGCUGCUGGCGCGGAUGCUGAACCCACGGCACUGCUGUUUUCGAGACCAUUGGUCUACGGAAAGGGUUGGAGCUGUGGCACGCGGAACGUUCAACGACUACAUGCCUCGUCAUCGAUUCGAGCAUAUCAUGGCUAACGUACACUUCACGAACAACGCCGACCCUCAAGCAGCAUCGGACAGGGCGUGGAAAGUGCGCUCCGUGGUCAAGACGCUGCGGGAAACCUUCCCGCGAGGAUAUACUACACCCCCGGUCGUAUCGUUCGAUAAAGGCGUCAUACCCUCCCGCUACCGAAACAACCCGACCCGCCAAUACCUCAAGAACAAGCCGCAGAAGUGGGGCACCAAGCUCUUCCUGACAUGCUGUGCAGACACAGCUUACUAUAUGCGGUAA